AAAAACAAAAUGGUAACUAAUUCAGCCACCUCGGUAGCUUACUAGCUAACAUUAAACUGAUGCAUUGAAGCUCCUUUGAUAAUUUGUAUAUUAAUCUGUGUUUUUAACACAACUUGUCUCUUAGUUAACUUAAAACGUAAUUUGCUUGUUAAAUGUACUACAUUGUUAAGAUUGAUACUGAGCUAAUGCUAUCUAGCUUACAUCCCUGACCAUGAGCUCGCUAAAAUACUCCCCCUCUGCCAAAGAAGAGGUCUGCUGGACAGUGAAAGAAGCUCUGGGGCUGAACAUUGCCGUGAAAGAAGAAGAAGAAGAGGAUGAUGUUACAGUGAAAGGAGAGAAAGAAGAUUUCAGAAUUAAAAAGGAGGAAGAGGAGGAUGUUACAGUGAAAGAACCGUUUGGAAUGAAAGAGGAAGAGGGAAUAGAGUAUGUAACAGUGGAAGAGGAGGAGGUAGAAGCUUCCAGAAUUAAAAAGGAGGAAGAGGAGGAUGUUGAAGAGAAAGAACCAUUUGGAGUGGAAGAGAGGGUAGAGGCUGUCACAGUGGAAGAGGAGGAGGUAGAAGCCUUCAAAAUGGAAGAGGAGUAUAUCACAUUGAAAGAGGAGGAGGCUGUUACAGUGAAAGACGAGAAAGAACCGUUUGGAGUGGAAGAGGACGCUCCCUCAAUAAAAAAGGAGUACAUUUUGGGAGUGAAAGAAAAGGAAGAAAUUGGGGAGGAGACUGAAGACCUGAUUAACACCAGAGAGAGACCAGACUCUCACUCUGACAAGAGUCCUUCAGGGGAACCAGACCCAGAGAAGAGUCCUUCAGGGGAACCAGACUUAGGGAAGAGUCCUUCGGGGGAACCAGACCCAGAGAAGAGUCCUUCAGGGGAACCAGACUUAGGUAAGAGUCCUUCGGGGGAACCAGACCCAGAGACGGCCAAACCAGUAGGACGACACUGCUGCUCCCACUGUGGAAGGAGAUUUACCAAGUUACACAACCUGAAAGAGCACGAGAGGACACACACAGGAGAAAAGCCUUUCCAAUGUUCCCAGUGUGGAAAGAGUUUUAGCCGGUUAGACAGCCUGAAAAUGCAUGAGAGAAUCCACUCUGGAGAGAAGCCUUACCAAUGCUCCUAUUGUGUAAUGAGUUUUUCACGAUCACAGGCCCUCAAAAGGCAUGAGAGGACACACACAGGAGAAAAGCCUUUUCAAUGCUCCCAGUGUGGAAAUAGUUUUACCCUGUUGGCACACCUGAAAUCACAUGAGAGGACACACACAGGAGAAAAGCCUUUCCAAUGUUCCCAGUGUGGAAAGAGUUUUACCCGGUUAAGGACCCUAAUUAGGCAUCAAGGAAUACACAAAGAAGGAAGGAAGACCUUCCAUUGCUCUCAGUGUGGAAAGAGUUUUACUGAGUUAUGGGGUGUGAAAAUACAUGAGAGAAUUCACUCUACACACAGAGGAGAAAGGCCUUUCCAAUGCUCCCAAUGUGGAAAGCGUUUUACCCAGUUAGGGAACCUGAAUUUACAUAAAAUAAUUCACUCCGGAGAUAAGCCUUACCACUGCUCUCAGUGUGGAAAGAGCUUUAUCCGGUCAUGCCAUCUCAAAGAGCAUGAGAAAACACACACAGGAGAAAAGCCCUUCCAAUGUUCCCAGUGUGGGAAGAGUUUUGCUCGGUUAUGGAACCUAAAAGAGCAUGAGAGGAUACACACAGGAGAGAAGCCCUACCACUGCUCUCAUUGUGGAAAGACCUUUUCACGAUUAAGGGAACUGAAAUCCCAUUACAUUUCACACACUCUUAUCCAGAGACAAUAACAAUUGGUGAAUUCACCUUAAGGUAGCUAGGUGAGACAACCACAUAUCACAGGCAUAGUAAGUACGUUUUCCCUUCAUAAAGUAGUUCUCAGCGAAGUCAGCGCUAGUAGGAAAAGACAAGUUCAGGUCAGAUUUAUUGAAGAUACUCUUUGAAGAGGAAUGGUCAUCGUGGUUUUCGGGAAGAUGGGCUGGGACUCCGCUGUCCUGACAUUAUGGUUCCGUUAUUGGGGUACCAGGACAGAGAAGAACUUUGACUGGGAUGAUUGGGAGCUGGUGAGAGGGGCCAAGAGACCAGAGAUGGCAUAAUGGAGUGUUCGGGUUGGUUGGGUUGUAGGUAGGGAGGGGCAGUUCCCUUGUAUGCACCAGGGUCUUGAAGUGGAUGCGAGCAUUGACAGGAAGCCAGUGGAGUAUGUAGAGGAGCGGGGUGACAUGGGAGAUCUUGGGGAGGUUGAACACCAGGCGGGCUGUGGCGUUCUGGAUAAGUUGCAGGGGAGCCCAGCCAACAGAGAGACAAAUGCCUGGAUUAGGACCUGCACUGCUUCCUGUGUGAGGUAGGGUUGUAAUCUACGGAUGUUGCAGAGUAUGAGCCUGCAGAAGUGAGUCACUGCUUUGAUGUUUGCAGAGAAUAACAGGGUCUUGCCAAGGUUCGUUGCACAUGAGAGAAUAAAGAAGCAAUGUUUUUUUGACUGAGAAUUUGUGUUUUUGUUUAUGCCGCAUGAAAUCAAAUUGUGUGAAUGAAAUCAUAGAACAAAAUGGCUACUUUUGUUUUACAAUGUUCUAAUGUGCUUUUUAUUUUAAUUAAUAACAGAUUGAUUGUAACUGAUUGAUUGCAUGCAAGUAUGAACUGCCAGCUGUUCAUUAAAUUAUUUGGAUAUUGCAAAUUGUAAAAUACUAAAUAGAUUAAUGGCAUUUUCUUGAUUCUAACUUUGAAACCUGUUAAAUGUUGUUUUGUUUCAUUUAAAUAAUGAAGGUGUAUGAAAAUGUGAGGACGUUUUGAAAACAUUGACACGUUUUUUUACAUUAAAAACAUUCACAAGGUCA